UUUUUUUUUUUUUUUUACUCCUGCGCACUUUGUUCGUGUCUCCAUAUUGGCUCAUGAUAGUAUAAAAUACAAUUAGUUACUUGUUUUAUAGUUAAUUCAUUCUAGUGUCUACAAUUUCAAGACCUCUUUUUGGUUGGACUCUCUCUUUCUUCGGAUUCCAUUGCACAGCCAAUGCAAUUCAUUUAUGCACAAAGCCGAACUAAUCCUUCUUUUUAUUGUAUUGUGAUUGAUACAUUGACACUAGCGCAUGAUCCAAGGUAUCAGAAUAGUGGUCUAUACAGUCAAAUGUCGGAUGGUCAUCAUUACUUUAUACUUAGCUUUUGGUCAGACGAAGAUCAUGGUGUAUUGAUCUUUGUUUGUUUACGGGCAAUGGACUUGGUCGAGGAUGACCAGUCUCUAGAGUCGUUUAUGAAUCUAGUGACUGAAUUUUGUGCUCAAGUAGGUGGAGGGCAAAAUGCAACACCCUUUAUUUCUCUCCGAGCCAACUGUUAUGAUGACAUUGGGUUUACUGGUGGUACAAAACAUUCGAUGGUGCAGCCAAGGUUGCAAACUAUACAAUCAAGCCAAGAUCGAAUGCCUUCUAGUUGGAAUGACCCUGUUAGACAUCCAAUUGAAGUGUCUGUAUCAAAUAAAAUAGUCCUACCCAAAGUGCAAGUCAUGAUCGUUGUCCUGGUGAUGGCAUUAGUUGUGAUUCUGGUCGUGUGUUCAUGGAUAUUGUCGAUUAUAGUGUAGUUACUUAUUAUUAUAGUUAUGUAGUAUAGUUAUGUAGUAUAGAAUAUUUGUAGUGAUGAAAUAAAAUUAUGAUUUCAAUAGU